AUUCCAAAUUUGACUAUCAACAUAAGUAGGAAUAAUUAGCUGGCAAAAGAAAGCAAGAAAAUUACAAGAGAGAGAGAGAGAGUGGAAAAAAAAGAAAAAGUUAUUCCUUAAUGCAUCAUCACGACAAGUAGUCAGCUUUCUCCAAAGUCUCCGUAAUUCUAGAGCCAGCCAUGGAGCUUGACCAGAACAACAAAAUAAACACCUCCAUCUUUCUACCAGCUAGGAAUCUGCUUAUCCAUUCUACCAUUUACUUCUGUUAUAGUCUGAAUAUUUGAGCAACAUUUCAGAUAAAACUGGUAAUUGCAUGUAAAAAAAGGGCGUAAAUGGAAACAAAUGAGACAGAAACCCAACUUGCUACCACAGUUUUGAACAGCAAAGAUAGAGUUGAAGAGACUCCUGCCAUGGCUCCGGAGAUUGAACAGUAUCUAAUGUCUAAAUUCGAAAAAGGACUUGAUGUGAAUGCGAAGGGAAGCUCCAGAAUUCCCUUCGUUAGCAAAUUUCGAGAAAUAAAGACUUUGCUCCGAAAGAUUUUAUGGUCAACCCCGCGGGAGGAUUCAUCAAUGAGGGAGAAGCUCUACUCCCUCAACGACCUCUUGGUCGAGUCUCAGAUGUUAUCGGAAAAGCACUGCAUAUUUUUCUCUCCAGAGGAUCUAGUCACCAUGAACAACAUCAGGAUGAAGUUGAACAAGAUAAAGACAGAACUCAAGGAAAUGAAAGUUCAGAGAGCGGCUUCGAAUGGGAACAUCCAACAACAACCAAAAAAUGGGUCAUCAGUGGACACGCCUAUCUCCAAGCCCCCAGAGACUUCUCUUCCUCCAGCAGCUGAGAUAAAGGUUCAUGGGUUUGAUGAGGAUGCUAUCAUAGUAAAGAAAUUGCUUCUUUCUCGAACAAAUGAAGAUGGGUUCAAGGCGAUCGCCAUUGUUGGAACCAAGGGAAUAGGGAAAACAACACUUUCCCAGAUGAUAUUUAACAAACCCGAGGUGAAAACCCACUUCCUGCCAAGAAUCUGGGUAUCCAUGUCCAACGAUGACAAUGAUGAUGAUGAUGAUGAUGAUCAGGACCCAAAACGAGCAAUUGUCAAGAGAAUGUUGAUUUCACUGGGAGUUGAAAAGAAGACUGUUUCCGAGUCUCAUGGACUCCGAGACCUAUUGUUCGCUCUUUACUUGCAACUGGUAGGAAAGAAGUACCUGAUAGUUCUCGACGAUGCCAGGGAUAAGGAUUCGUGGUACGAGCAAUUGAAUUCUGGGGGGUUAGCUGAUGAUAAAAAAUGCGAAACGAGGUUUGGAGAUGGAUUGCCAAAAGGGUAUGGAGGAAGAGUAAUCGUGACAAGUAGGAAUGAAGAAUUAGCGAAAACGAUGGUGGGGGAGAAGAAUCUGCAUCAUCUUCUACCACUUACGUCUAAGAGCUGCUGGGCAAUCUUCAAAGACGCAGUUAACGAUGACACGUACAAUCCUCCAAACGUGGAAGAUCUGCAAAUGGAAGUCAAGCAGAAAUGUGGUGGGAUUCCAUUAGCAGCAAAAAUGAUGGGUGAGAUGUGUAGUCAACAACGCCAAGAUGAAGCGGAGUGACUAGUGCUCUGCUCAACACAAACGAUUAAUCAUUAUUCUGUCUUUCAUUACUUCAUUCUACCGAAAAAAGAAAAACAAAAACAAAAAGGGAAAAAUAGAAAGCUUUCCUUCUUGUAAUAACUAAUCAAUUCCAAUACACAUCCACAGUUGGGUGAAUGAAUGAAUUGAAUCGUAGUCGUUUGGGCUACUAUUGGAAAAUUUGAGUAAAAUUUGGUUCUUGUGCCAAUGGAAUGUUUCAAUCUGUAUUUUUGUUUUCUUUUGUUUGAUCAAGUUCUUCAAGCUUACCACAUGCUAAUGCAUAGGUUGGUAAGGAAUUUGGUCUUUGAGUAGGAGCAUAGGAGUUCAGGUACUACCAUAUCAAUGUUUCUCCAUGGAGUUCACUAAUGUCAUGCUGA